GGGCGGGCCGGCCGGAGGCCGGGCAGCGGGACCUCAGCAAUGCCCGGGAUGGUGCUUUUCGGUCGGCGCUGGGCCAUCGCCAGCGACGACCUGGUCUUCCCGGGGUUCUUCGAGCUGUCCCUGCGAGUGGUGUGGUGGAUUGGCAUUUUGACUUUGUACCUCAUGCACAGAGGGAAGCUGGACUGUGCAGGCGGCACCCUGCUCAGCAGUUACUUGAUCGUUCUUCUUGUUCUCCUAGCAGUUAUUAUAUGUACGGUGUCCGCCAUUGUGUGUGUCAGCAUGAAAGGAACCAUCUGUAAUCCCGGACCACGGAAAUCUAUGUCCAAACUGCUUUACUUCCGCCUCACGCUCUUUCUCCCGGAGAUGGUCUGGGCUUCUCUGGGGGCUGCCUGGAUAGCAGACGACGUGCAGUGUGACAGGACGGUGGUGAGUGGCAUCAUUGCCACCGUCAUCAUCAGCUGGAUUAUCAUCGUCUCCACUGUGGUCACCAUCAUCAUCGUCUUUGACCCCCUUGGGGGGAAAAUGGCUCCAUAUCCCUCCUCUGGCCCCAACCACCUGGAUAGUCAUGAUUCGAGCCAGCUACUUAACAGCCUCAAGACAGCAGCUACCAGCGUGUGGGAAACCAGAAUCAAGUUCCUGUGCUGUUGCGUCGGGAAAGACGACCAUACUCGAGUUGCUUUUUCGAGUACGGCAGAGCUUUUCUCAACCUACUUUUCAGACACAGACCUGGUGCCCAGCGACAUUGCAGCGGGCCUCACCCUUCUCCAUCAGCAACAGGACAAUAUCAGGAACAGCCAGGAGCCGGAUGGGGUGAUCGGCCAUUCCCCGGGGCCCCCCCAGGAAGCUGAUUUGGACGCCGAGUUAGCCAAUUGUCACCAUUACAUGCAGUUUGCAGCAGCGGCCUAUGGGUGGCCUCUCUACAUCUAUCGGAACCCCUUCACCGGGCUCUGCAAGAUUGGCGGGGACUGUUGUCGAAGCAGGACGACGGAAUACGACUUGGUCGGAGGAGACCAGCUCCACUGUCACUUCGGCUCCAUCCUGCACACGACAGGCCUGCAGUACAGGGACUUCAUUCACAUAAGCUUUCAUGACAAGGUCUACGAGCUUCCGUUUUUAGUGGCUCUGGACCACAGGAAAGAAUCUGUCGUGGUAGCUGUGAGAGGAACCAUGUCUCUGCAGGACAUCCUCACGGACCUGUCAGCGGAGAAUGAGACCCUCAACUUAGAGUGUGGGGUGCAAGACUGUUCGGCACACAAGGGGAUUUCUCAAGCCGCCAGAUACGUUUACCAGCGCCUCGUCAAUGAUGGGAUUUUGAGCCAAGCAUUCAGCAUUGCUCCCGAGUACCGGCUGGUGGUGGUGGGGCACAGCCUGGGGGCGGGCGCCGCGGCCCUGCUGGCCAUCAUGCUCCGGAGCUCGUACCCGCAGAUCCGCUGCUACGCCUUCUCCCCGCCCAGGGGGCUGCUGAGCAAAUCCCUUUAUGAAUACUCUAAGAACUUCAUCGUGUCACUUGUCCUAGGCAAGGAUGUCAUUCCCAGGUUAAGUGUGACUAACCUGGAAGAUUUGAAGAAGAGAAUCUUGCGAGUGAUUGCUCACUGUAACAAGCCCAAGUACCAGAUUUUGCUGUACGGGUGUUGGUAUGAGCUGUUUGGAGGAAGCCCGGAUAACUUUCCGACGGAGCUGGACGGGGGCGCCCAGGGAGACCUGACGCAGCCGCUUCUGGGGGAGCAGAGCCUGCUGACGCACGGGUCCCCGACCUACAGCUUCUCCAGCGACUCCCCCUUGGAGUCCCCCACCAAGUACCCCCCUCUCUACCCUCCCGGCAGGAUCAUCCACCUGGAGGAAGAAGGUGCUUCAGGGAGGUUUUGGCGUUCUGCUGCUCAGUACAGUGCCAGGUGGUCACACGAAUCACAAUUCAGCAAAAUACUCAUCGGUCCCAAGAUGCUGACAGACCACAUGCCCCACGUCCUGAUGAAAGCCUUGGACAGCGUGGUGUCAGACAGGGCCGGCUACGUCUUCUGCCCAGCCCGAGGCAGCUCGAAUGUGGACAUGGUGUAA